GAGAGGGCCGUGCUUAUGCAGGGAUCGGAGUUCGCCCGAGCCAGCCCAACCUCAAGCGCAACCAACAAGGGCUCAGCCCAAAAGGUUUACAACACGGUUUGCGUACGCCGAGCCAACUCGGCUCUACAAUCUUGGCCUAUGGCGCAGAGCCGAACUUUCAAAGUCAUUCCGAACUCGAAUCAGAAAGAAAAAAAGAAGCACAGAAUGGCGGAGAGAAACAAGUACAGCAUAAUUAUCCCGACCUACAACGAACGCCUCAAUAUUGCCCUCGUGGUGUACCUCGUCUUCAAGCAUCUCCGGGAUGUUGAUUUUGAAAUAAUUGUUGUGGACGAUGGGAGUCCUGAUGGGACUCAAGAAGUUGUAAAACAAUUACAGCAAGUAUAUGGUGAAGAUCGCAUUCUUUUGAGAGCUAGACCUAAGAAGCUUGGGUUAGGAACGGCUUACUCUCAUGGUCUUAAGCAUGCAUCUGGAAAUUUUGUUGUAAUCAUGGAUGCUGAUCUAUCACACCAUCCUAAGUACUUGCCAAGCUUCAUCAAGAAACAGUUGGAGACUGGUGCAAGUAUAGUCACUGGAACCCGCUAUGUUAACGGUGGUGGUGUUCAUGGAUGGAAUCUUAUGCGCAAGCUAACAAGUAGGGGAGCCAAUGUUCUUGCACAAACACUUCUAUGGCCUGGUGUAUCAGAUUUGACUGGAUCUUUCCGGCUUUAUAGGAAAUCAGUUCUUGAAGAUAUCAUUAGAUCCUGUGUGAGCAAGGGAUAUGUCUUUCAAAUGGAGAUGAUUGUUCGGGCUUCUAGAAAAGGCUACCAUAUUGAAGAGGUUCCAAUUACAUUUGUUGAUAGAGUAUACGGAAGUUCAAAGCUUGGAGGAUCUGAAAUUGUGGAAUAUCUGAAAGGCCUUGCAUAUCUAUUGGUAACAACAUAAAAUGAAACAGAAAUGACAAGCCAGUGAUCAUCUUUUUCAUUUUGUGCACAAGUCAUGUAACGUUUUUCGCUCUAUAAUUCAUCUUUUUGUUUAUGAAUUUUGAUAGGCUUUAUCAUACAAACAAUUAAGAUUCUCAAUUGGGUCUAACAGCAGAUUAGCACAUUGGCUCUUGUGUUAUGAGUUGCUUCUUUUUUAGUAAGAUUUACUUCUGAUGGCAGUUUGAGUUGUCUGGUCACAGAUUAAAGUUCAUAUUUUUGUAUGUCCGACAGUUACCUAGAACACUGAUUGUUGUGGUACUUGGAACUAGAAUGUGUACAUAGGGCACCACUUUCCAUGGGACGUGGAUUGUGGUUUGCUAUGGUUUUAAUGAAUUGUGGUAACUCUGGACUUUGUCA